AUGGAAUCGUACAAUCGAAUUCAACAUACUGAAUCACCUUGGACAUUUGAGGAUAUGGAUCUUGUUAUUCAAGAGAGGCGAAGAGCUACAGAUAUAAAUAAAUCAAAAUGGGCAGAUAUAACAAUAAAUAAUGGCGAAACAAUUAAAAAUACAAUAUCAAUUCAAGUAAUUCCUACCAUACGUGAGGCUCAAGAAAACCAAACGAAUUUACAAGAUAUCCCAUUUAUAAAAGUGAUUCCAUGUCUACAGAUAAUAAAAUGA